GAAGUGAGAGAGGAGGGUCAGAGUGAGUGAGAGAGAGGAAGGUUUAGUAGGAAAGAAAAAAACUCAGUGUGUGUGUGCUCUCAAAGUCAUGCCAGUUGUCCUCUUUAUGUGUGUGUGUAAAUGUGUGUGUUUCCACGGUGAUGUCGGGAGAGCAGGCUCGUGCUGAAGCUCCAGCUGGUGCCAGGCAGCGACGCAGGAGCGAGCUAGAAGGGUAUUCAGCUUCUCUCGCUUCCCUCAAGCUCUCACCCAUGUACCCGGAGGAGGAGCAGCGCCCCACAGGGGGCAUGUCCUCCACUGCUCACUACCUAGACGGGACAUUCGACUACACUACCAACCCCGACGCCUCGAACUCGUCAGUGGACUACUACUCAGCGGCCCCGGAUGUUCAGGUGGCCCCAGAGCCUCAGGAGGAAAACCUGCAGCCUCUGGCUAAUGGCCCCACCAGCCCAAUGGUGUUUGUUCCUUCGAGCCCACAGCUCUCGCCGUUCCUCAGCCAUCCUCCCGCAGGACAGCAUACGGCUCAGCAGGUGCCGUACUACCUGGAACCAUCAGGAACCUCCAUCUACAGGUCAGAUUUUCCUCGAGUCUUCACCCUUCCAUUGAAGCACGUGUUCAGACGACAAACUGAUGGAUUUGAUCUAACAGCUAAAGUCAGCCACAGGUCCAGUGUGUUAGCCAGUGCAGGAUCACGAGUGGAGCUGUGCAGCGCCACCGGCAGGCAGGAUGUAUACACCGCAGUGGGGGCCUCGGGGCCAUCGGGGGCUUCAGGGACUUCAGGAGCAAUCGGGUUGGUUAAGGAGAUCCGAUACUGCGCGGUGUGCAGUGACUACGCCUCAGGGUACCACUACGGAGUCUGGUCCUGUGAGGGCUGCAAGGCAUUCUUCAAGCGCAGCAUACAAGGUCACAAUGAUUAUGUGUGUCCAGCGACCAACCAGUGCACUAUCGACAGGAACCGCAGGAAGAGCUGUCAAGCGUGUCGUCUACGCAAAUGCUACGAAGUGGGCAUGAUGAAAGGAGGUUUUCGUAAGGAGCGUGGCGGUCGCAUCAUGAAGCACAACAGAAGGCACAGUGGACUGAAGGAGCAGGAGCGAGGUUAUAGCGAAGCCCAGAGCGGCUCUGAUGUGAGAGAAGCUCCUCCACAGGACGGGCGGAGCAGCUCCGGGAUUGGAGCUGGGGUAGCGGGUGUGGUGUGCAUGGCUCCAGAGCAGGUGUUGCUGCUGCUGUUGAGGGCGGAGCCGCCCACCCUGUGCUCACGACAGAAACACAGCCGACCCUACAGCGAGCUCACCAUGAUGAGUCUGCUCACCAACAUGGCCGACAGGGAGCUCGUUCACAUGAUCGCCUGGGCCAAGAAAGUGCCUGGAUUUCAGGACCUCUCCCUGCAUGACCAGGUGCAGCUGUUGGAAAGCUCCUGGCUGGAGAUUUUGAUGAUUGGUCUCAUCUGGAGGUCCAUCCACUCACCUGGAAAACUCAUCUUCGCACAGGACCUCAUCCUCGACAGGAGUGAAGGAGAGUGUGUGGAGGGCAUGGCUGAGAUAUUUGAUAUGCUGCUGGCCACCGUGGCCCGUUUCCGCACCCUCAAACUCAAGUCAGAGGAGUUUGUGUGUCUCAAAGCUAUCAUACUGCUCAACUCUGGUGCGUUUUCGUUCUGCUCCUCCCCCGUCGAGCCCCUGAGGGACGGCUUCAUGGUGCAGUGCAUGAUGGAUAACAUCACGGAUGCCCUCAUACACUACAUCAGCCAAUCAGGAAUCUCGGUGCAGCUCCAGUCCCGGCGUCAGGCCCAGCUCCUGCUUUUGCUCUCGCAUAUCAGACACAUGAGCUAUAAAGGGAUGGAGCAUCUGUACAGCAUGAAGUGCAAGAACAAAGUUCCUCUGUAUGAUCUACUACUGGAGAUGUUGGAUGCACAUAGGCUCCACCCCCUGGGCAAAGUGUCAAGGAACUGGGCUGAUAGAGUGUCGUCUUCACCUACUACAACCGCCUCAACCCCAACCACCACCACCACCACCACCACCACUGCCUCCACGUGUGCUGCAGACUUACAGUCCAACCCGCCGCGUCCUAACCGAGGAGCCAGCCCAUGAAAAUCACUGCUGUACAGCGAGAGAAUAUAAACAGCUAAUAUUAUCCAUCAGAUGGUGGUUGGUUUUAAGGUUGGAGCUGAAUUCAAUCAGGUCCUCUUAAUGGGAAUGUGAUGUGAUGAUUUCAUUAACAUGGUUUCUUUCCUUACAACUUGGCCCCGUUCUUCAUCUCGCUGGAUCGGAUUCUUGACAAUUUGACCUGAUGCUUUGACAUGAUUUUUUCCAUUCUUUAAAGCUGCUGUCAGACCUAAAAGAGCAGCUUUUUCAACUUAAAUGGAAUUAGAUUGCACCAGAGUUCUCUAGGAAGGAAGUGGGUCAAAUCGCCAAGACCCUUUCACCCUUUAUAGAAAGGUACCAUUUUAGCUAAGAGGGAAAAGUAUCGGGAAAAUCCUAUGAGGCCAAAUGUAAGUAAUAAAAUUUGUUAUAAUUGUGAUGUACACAAAGAGUCAGCGAAUUAAGAUAAAAAAAAAAUUAUAUAUGUAUGAGGAAAGUUCUUUGUGUUUAGAAUCGUGUUACACAGGUCUUCAUUUUCUAUUCAGAUUAAGCAAAUCAUCUGUGUGUAAUUUGCGCCUACGCCAGAUUUUUCUUGAGUAGUAGCAUCGGAGCUUCAAAAUCUUCUAGUCAACUUUAAAUAUGAGCACAUUUUUUCAAACCCAAAAAUAUUCAGGGGAAGAAAAUGUGGAUUAAGCAGAUUUUUCCUUAUCAAAGGAUAUCAAAUGGAAUAUGAUGCAACAUAAAGGCAUGGGACUAUUCAAAAAUGAAAAGACUUAUAUGGUGAUAUAUGAAAGAGAAGAUGUAAAGCAUAAAUAAAUGCUAAAAUAGAUCUAAUCAUCGUAUCGUAUAUUGCUGCAUGAAUAGUCCCAAUUGUAAUUAUCGCAAUCACCGUAAAUUUGGUUUAAUUUAACAAUAUGGCUUCCACAUUCAUUAUUCAGCAGCUUAUAAAAUAGCACUUGAUCCAGCACAUCUUGUUAUUUUGCACUUUCUUCUUUUAUAUUGUGUGCACAAAUUAAUGAAGGCACGAGACACUAAAUGGAGCUCAUGAAAUCGUAAUACAUGCGGGAGGUGAAGGCUAUUUUAACAUACUUUUCAAUUUUAUUUCCAGUUGUUAAUUUAAUAAAAUAAUUUUUGCUCUCCUAUAAAGAAAUCAUAAAGGAUAAGCUAACCUAGCACUCCUCUGCUAAACUUACAGCUCACUUAAGCGUUUCUCAUAAUUUUAUCCAUAAUAAGUUGGUCCUCGAGAUAAGCAAUAUCUCUGAUUAAGAUAUGUGUCCUCUGAUCUCCUCUGUGCAGAAAAAAGAUUUUAAAGGGAUGAUACUAUCAAUGCCAGAAUCACAUCUAACUGAGACACACCUGUUUUACUCAAACAGCAUUUGCACUGCUGCAUAUAUAUAAUAAUAAAUAAAUCCUGGUGAGUAGAAAUGAUUUAGAAAGCAGCUUUGUUUACCAGCUUGCUUUUUUUUUUUUUUUUUAGCCACACCACCUUGAUCGAUCGAUGUGUUCACAGACUUACCAGUCAAGAAAACAGCUCCCUUUUUUGAACUUAAGUGUUUUUCAGCUUUUUUUCCCCCCCAAAUGAACUCAUUGUCCUCUUUGGGCCCUUCAUUUCUUACAAAAAUGUCACAGUGGACUGUUUUUCUUUUUGUACCAUUACUGUCUUCAGCAAUGUGUUUGCAACAGCAUUUUGCCACACUGACACACAAUACAUCCAAUCACAAGAAUGGGCCUGUCUUUCUUUCUUUUUUUGUAAAAAUAUGAACUACGGUUUCACAAAGAACCUGACUCAUGCUCCACAAUUUUGAGGGGUUGUACUGUAGUCACCAAAAUUAGAUCAGACACCUUUAAGUGCUCUCUAAACCUCUGAGUGAAGGACAUUAAAAUACCCUACAGAUGCCUCCUUCUGCAGGACACUACAUGGUCCUAAAGCCAGUCGGACUGCCUGAAGCUAGAAAAGGAAUCAAUGCAAUUAGACAGAUACUGUAUAUGAGGCAUGCACUAAAAACUGUACAGUGGAAAUAUAAUUUACUCUGAAAACUGCUGAUGAAUGUAUGUCUGAGCUGCAGUCCUAUAAGCAUCACUAAUCACCGACUUGGUAAAUAGAAAUCUUUACUACAUGUGUUAAACUGAAUUAAACAGAAUGAAUUCAGUCAUGUUUAUCAGGUUUGUAUUCAGCCAUGAUUCAGAGAGAAACUUAAUUCUGCAGUACGGUAUGUACCUUGUGUUUAAUAGAUAUGUGUUAAUUCCAAGUAAUUUCUGAUAUACUUUGCACUAUUGAUGUUACAUUUUAUGUAGUAACUUAUGUUACAAAUACCUACCAGGUUUGUACAGCAGGACUUGGUACAAAAUGAUUCUUUUUAGAGAGUUGAGUAAUUUAGUUCAGUACAAACUGGUUUAAUUCUUUUACUCUUUGAUUUAGUCUUAUUUUUAAAAAAAACAAACUUGUAUAGAAAGUAAAUAUCUGCACAAAUGCAAUAUACUAUUUCUGUCAGUGUACUGUGUGUAACAGAGUGUAUUUUUUUAAAAUAUUGACUGCUACUGAUCUGUUCUAUUUCUUAAAAAAAAAAAUUACAUCAGCCCAUGUGGUGACGAGGUUGACAUUAUCCAAUGGCAGUCAUAUGGUUUUGUUUUGUGAUGAAACCUUGUUCAUAAUUGUUACAUGUACCCCUGAUUUGAGGACUUAGUUGUAAAACAUUAGAAAGUAAUAAAAUAUGGAGCUUCUUCUUUUUUUUUUU